UUUCCGCCAGUCCACCUCUCCCCCCCGCCGCAAGAUGGUAGGUGCCGCGGCGCGCUCUCCGCAUCUUGGUGACCGUGUGGAGCCGGGCCUGACCCCUCAUUGAUUCCCGCCGGAAAGUGCCCGCUGAGCGGAAUGUGUCAGUGAACGGAGCCCGGGCAGCACGCAGACCAGAGAGCGGCCCGUUACGUCACCGGCCGCCGCAAUGGCGGACAGCGAGAUGAAAGUUCCGGAGGACAUGUUCAAAGAUGUGAAGUUUUACCUGGUGGGGGAGCUGGACCCUCAGGUUGUACAGAUGCUGAAAGCAGGAAAAGCAAAGGAGGUGUCAUAUAAUGCUUUAGCUACACAUAUUAUUGCAGAGGAUGGAGACAAUCCCGAGGUUGGAGAAGCCAGAGAAGUUUUUGAUCUCCCCAUUGUGAAGCCCUCCUGGGUAAUAUUAUCUGUUCGAUGUGGAGUCCGUCUUCCAGAGAAUGGGUUUUCUCCAGAGUCUGGUCAAAUAUUUUUUGGUGUGACGGCUUGCCUUUCACAAAUAUCGCCUGAUGACAGAAAUGCUCUGUGGGCACUUAUAACUUUUUAUGGUGGUGACUGUCAGCUAAGUCUCAAUAAAAAGUGCACUCAUUUAAUUGUUCCUGAACCAAAAGGGACCAAGUAUGAAUAUGCUUAUCAGAGAGAGAACAUCAAAAUCGUUGCUCCAGACUGGGUUUUGGAUUCGAUAUCUGAGAAAUCCAAGAAAGAAGAAGCCCCUUAUCACCCGCGUCUUAUAGUCUAUGAGGAGGAGGAGGAAGAGGAGGAGGAGGAGGAGGAAGAAGAUGAGGAUGAAGAAGAGAUAGAUCAGUACUCUCAAAACGCCAGUGCGGAUGAGGAUAGAUACUCUUCUAAAUCUAGUCCAGUGACAUCACGCGAGCAAUCUCCUACACCCAACAAGGAACGUUCACCAAAGCGCAGUGGCAACGGGAAAGUUAAAGAGGAACUGAUGUUCGAUGAUUCUGAUGAUUCCUCCCCGGAAAAGCAGGACAGAAAUCUGAACUGGACUCCUGCAGAAGUUCCACAGAUGUCUACUGCAAAGCGAAGGCUCCCCCAGGGAAAAGAUUCAGGUCUGAUUAAUUUGUGUGCUAAUGUGCCACCUGUACCAGGGAACAUUUUGCCACCUGAAGCCCGGAGUAAUUUGCUCACGUCCAUCACUGGAGCUGCUGGUUCCGAUAGACAGAACAUGAUGCCUUUUAGAAGUCCAGCAGUAAGAACACUUAGAAACAUUACAAACAGUGCAGAUAUACAGCAGAUCAAUAGACCUUCAAAUGUAGCGCAUAUUUUACAAACCCUGUCUGCAUCUACCAAAAGUUUAGAACAACAAGGUAACCAUCCUCAGCAAGGGCAUCCAAACACAAUGUUGUUCAGUCAAGUAAAAUCCUUAACGCCAGAAGCACAGCAACAUUUGCUACAGCAACAAUCACAUCAAACACAACCGCAACAACAGCAUCAUUCUCUGGUGCAGCUUCAGCCUCAACAGCUUAUGCAAUUGCAGCAGCAACAGCAACAGCAGCAGCAUCAACAAGUAACUCAACAAGUUUUUCCACAGCAUCAGUUUUCACAAGUGAACCAACAGCAUCACUUUCCUCAGCUGCAGUUUUCUCAGCAACAGCUCCAUCGCCCACAGCAGCAAACCAUGCAGCACUUCCAGCAGCAACAUGUUCUGCAGCAACAGCUUCAACAAUUACAGCAACAGCAACACCUCCAGCAGCAGCAGUCUCUACAGCAAACCUUGCAACAGCAGAAUAUACAGCAGAUCCUUCAGCGCCAGCAGACUCCUUCACAGCAACAGACACUACAGCAGCAACAGUCUCUUCAGCCAGCUAUACAGCAGCAACAAACUCUUCAGCAGAACAUGCAGCAACAGCAAACACUUCAGCAACAGCAAACACUUCAGCAACAGACCCUUCAGACAGGCAUUCAACAGGCUCUCCAGCCAGGUGUGCAACAACAGCAGAGUCAGGUCUUGCAACAGAAUCGUCAGCAGAUUCAGCAACAGAAUAUGCAGCAGAUACAACAUUUGACUCUUCAGCAAAAGCAGCAAUUACAGCAGCAUGCUCUUCAGCAACAGCAGAUUCAACCCCAUGCUCUACAGCAGCAAAUGUCAUCACAUGCACUGCAACAGCAGCAGCAAAUUCAGAACCAAGCUUUACAACAGCAACAGAUUCAAUCGCAAACACUUCAACAGAUACAGCCACAGGGCCUUCAAACGCAGCAUCAGAUGCAGGCCCAAACUUUGCAGCAGCAGCAAAUCCAGACUCAGUCGCAGCAACAUCAAAUACAGGCACAAACAUUGUCACAACAGCAACAUACACAAUCACAAACACUUCAACAGCAGCAUCAGUUGCAACCGCAGACACUUCAGCAGCAUCAGCUCCAGCCACAUAACAUUCAGCUUCAGCACCAAAUUCAGACACAGGGCCAUCAGCAACACCAGAUACCAUCACAAAUGCUGCAACAGCAGACACUUGCCCAACAACAACAGCUGCAGCAACAAACGCUACAACUUCAGCAGCAGCAGCAAAUUAAACAACAACAAAUGCAACAGCAGCAACAGACAUUAUUGCAGCAACAAAUUCAACAACAAUCACUGCAGCAGCAGCAGAUACAGCAAGCAAGCCUACAGCAACAGCAAAUGCAGCAGUCGCAGCCUUCACAAAUACAGCAGACAACACUCCAACCGCAGCAAGCCCAGCAGGCGACAUUGCAACAGCCUCCAAUCCAACAGGCUUCUCUUCAGCAGCCUUCACUUCAGAACCAAGCAGUUCAGCAACAGAAACACAAUCUCCAGCAGAUUCAGCAGCAGAUACAGCAGCAACAUCUUCAGCGGUUACAGCAGCGGCAAAUGCAAAAUCAAACCCAGCAACUAGGUCAGAUGCCCCAGCAGGUGCAGCCUCAAACUACUAGUCAACAACCGCCCCAGACUCAGCAGCUGCAUGGCCAUGAUCCAUCUCUGGAAAUUCCUGAAGACUUCUUUUUGGCUGGCUGCGUGUUUGCAAUCGCUGACUACCCAGAACAGAUGUCUGAUAAGCAGCUCCUUGCAACAUGGAAGAGAAUAAUACAAACACAUGGCGGCACAGUGGACCCUACACUCACCAGUCGCUGUACUCAUCUUUUAUGUGAAAGCCAAGUCAGUAGUAUGUAUGCCCAGGCUAUGAAGGAACGAAAGCGUUGCAUCACCGCUCAUUGGCUCAAUACGGUGCUGAAAAAGAAGAAAAUGGUGCCGCCACAUCGUGCCCUACAUUUUCCUGUAGCAUUUCCACCAGGAGGGAAGCCAUGCUCUCAACACAUUAUUUCAGUGACGGGAUUUGUUGAUAGCGAUAGAGAUGACCUGAAGCUAAUGGCCUACUUGGCAGGCGCCAAGUACACUGGCUAUUUGUGUCGCAGCAAUACUGUCCUCAUCUGUAAGGAGCCUAAUGGCAUGAAGUAUGAGAAGGCAAAAGAAUGGCGGAUACCAUGUGUCAAUGUGUCAUGGCUCUGCGACAUCCUUUUGGGAAACUUUGAAGCUUUACGUCAGAUUCAAAACAACCGGUAUACAGUGUUCAACCUUCAGGAUGCACUCUCUCCUUCACCACAUCUGGUUUCAAACCUCCUUGGGUUUGAUCCAACCCAAGUUCAGCAGUAUGUUAAGAAACUUUAUAUACUUGGAGGGGAAGUGGUAGACUCUGCACAAAAAUGCACUCAUUUGAUUGCUGGUAAAGUAACGAGAACUGUCAAAUUCCUCACUGCGAUUUCUGUAGCAAAACACAUUGUGACUCCCGACUGGCUGGAUGAAAGCUUCAAGUGCCAAAAGUUUGUUGAGGAACAGAGCUACAUACUUCGGGAUGCUGAAGCUGAAGUCUUGUUUUGCUUUAGCUUAGAAGAGUCCUUGAAAAGAGCGCGGGUGACUCCACUCUUCAAGGGAAAGUAUUUUUACAUUACUCCAGGGAUAUGCCCCAGUUUGUCAACAAUGAAAUCUAUUGUGGAGUGUGCAGGUGGCAAAAUAUUAACAAAACCACCCUCUUUUCGAAAAAUCAUGGAACACAAGCAAAAUAAGAGUUUGGCAGAAAUUAUCUUGAUUUCAUGUGAAAAUGAUCUUCAUCUUUGCAGAGAGUAUUUUGCUGGUAGUAUAGAUGUCCAUAAUGCAGAAUUUAUCCUCACUGGAGUUCUCACACAAACUUUGGAUUAUGAGUCAUAUCCUUUGAAAAUAUGCUUAAUGCUUAAAGCCAUUCCCUUGGCAUAA